AUGCCUGGCCAUGCCCAGGGAGAUGAUAGCGCUGACGACUCCCGCACCGCCGCCGUCGGCCCUCGAAACAAGCGGAAUUUGCACCGUGUAACAAAACCAUCCUCGCAGCCAGCAAGAGGCCGCCGGUCCCUCAGAGACCGCAGACCAAGAGGCGACGACCUGCAAGACUUUAUCCCGCGCGGUGCGGCUUUUACCAGUGCCUCACUGCCGGUUGACGUCGGUUCCAACUCCAACUCAGACCAAUCCUCAGAUGAGAGUGGCUGUGACUAUUCUCCGUCGGCUAUGGAUGAUGCCUCAGCGCAACCUCAGUCGAACUCCACGAUGCAGCCUGCCGUGAAUUGGAACAAGGUUACCGGGAGCACAAUCAGAACAAGUCUUCGUGCGUCAGGAGGCCCAUCUGCACCCGCACAAGACUCGUUCGACUCAGUCAACGGCAAGUAUUGGCGAAGUGAAAGCACACCUGUCUCAGAGAACGGUGGACCACAGCCUGAUGCGAUUGCACAGAACGGUGGAGCCGGCAACCAGGCUGACACCGCUAUUGUCAUUUCCGAAGAUUCGGACAUUGAAAGUGAUGCCGCAGCGGAUAACUCAAUCAUGCUCAACCUGAGCACUCCUAGCCAACAUCUAACAGAAGAAAAGCCAAACAGUCUACAGGCCCUAGCUGUUCAAACAAACGGCUCUCGCGAGAUUCCACAGCAAGGCACCAACCAACAACCCUCGGCCCGUGAAGAUUUGGGCCCUCACGGCCAGGGAAUCACCGAUAAAUCGGUAGCAAUUGAAUCAUUCAAUUCGAAAUAUCCGUCCCCGCCACACACUCUGGUCGAUCUUUCCCGUGAGGACCGCGACAUACAGAUAAAAUAUAUCUACUACAACAGAGACCCAAAAGGUGUUGACCUCAAUCUUCCCAUAGGGUGUACAGAUUGCUUAGCAGAAGGCCACCUUGCAGAAAUAUGCCCUGAUAAAGAAUGUAAACAUUGUGGCGCUUGGAGUGUCCACGAGAGUAGAUUUUGUCCUUCCUGGAGGCGGUGUCAGAGGUGCCGGGAGCGUGGCCAUGAUGAAGUGGACUGCCCUUCGCUCCUAAAAGAAUUGGCGUCGGAGAUCCCAUGCGAUUUCUGCAAUUCUAACCAACAUAUCGAGAGUGAAUGUGACCUACUAUGGAAGGUGCCAAAGCGUGACUUGAGUUUAAGUCAAAUCUUUAUCUCAGUGUGCUGCAGCUUCUGCACAAGCAAGCAGCACCUUUUGGGAGACUGUCCUGUCCGCCCAUUUCCCAUGAAUUCGUCGUCCUGGAGCCUGAGCGCAUUUGACCCGUCCUUGGUCUCCAAUAUUGCCAGCAGCAAGCUGCCUGCGCAUCCUGGGGGUGAUGAUAGAGACGAACAGCUUUCAGGGUUACGAAUCAAAGGUCGUGCCAACGAACAAAUAUAUUCGGAUGACGACCACGAUGACUUUACUGGGCGUAGGAGGCCCCUUAGAAGACAACCACCGCGCUCGCAUAUCCGGUUUGACAGCGGAAUCGGCCGCGGGCGGAAUCUAGACGAUGACUCAACCCGCCAGAAUGGAAGCGCGGUCGAUAGGUAUACCCCCCAUGACUAUCGACGCGAAUACCGCGAUCGGGAACCAGACACUGGUCGCAACGUUCGUCAACGUUCCUUGUCACCUGGUCCAUACAAUCAGCGACAACGAGGCGGUGGCGGCUCAGGGCGCCACGGACCACCCAGAUCUCCUCCCCGCGGCCGCGGUGGAAGAGCACCACCGCCAUCUCGAGGCGGCACCAAGAAUAAAAGAGGCGGUCCAUCUUCGCGCGGUGGGAGAGGUGCCAAGUCGUCUGACAAUCGGGAGACAUACCGGCCGAUGCCGAGUGCUGCCAAACGGGCGUGGGACAAGCACAGGCUCUAG